GACACACCAUCGGUAAAUACUGAGAUUCAUUACCAUUGAGAUUCCAUUCAGUGUUUGUGAUAUUCUCUGCUUUGUUCUUUAUCCAUUCGUAGAGACGCAGGUUAUUUAUCAGGUGAAUAGCACUCGAGCAGACUACAUCGUUGUCUUUGAGAUCCAGCGUCGCCUGUGCACGGCACACGCAGAGAGUAAACGUAAGGAUGGCGAAAAUCGGCGUUGUCAGCACAAAAUGGCAAAGUACAUCCUCAUCAGCACUCUAGCAGUCUUCUGCAUAGGAGCUGCAGCAAUGCCAACUCGACACAUGGAGAGAAGACAAGAAGAUGCAAACACCCAGCUAUUCGACGAUUUCCAGACAGAGUUUGAGAUGCAUUACAAUCUCCCUGAAGUAUCAAGUCGACCCUCAAGCACAACACAAGACAGCUUCGUCUGUCGCUUAACUGCUCUAAUGAAGCUCUCCGAGAACUUGAGUAAACUUGGCGAUGAGAAGGAAAGAUAUUUCUUGGAAUUUUCAACACGACUGGAGGACAUACAUAUCAUUAUGAACAAGCAAUCAAAUACAGAUGGAACACUUGGGGAC